AUGGACUCACAGGCAUCAAAUGCCGAGCGCACGGCUCGAUACCUGCACGAGGAGAAGCUCAAGAACCAGGAAAAUGGCGAGGCGGAUAAGAAGAUGGCGUGUCGGUGGUUCCUAGACCGUUCGUUCUACUGCGUCACGCCUGGCAAUCAGAUGGAGCAUUUUUACCGAUACGGCCAAGUGGAUGAGUGCAAGUUCACGUGGAAGAAUAUGUAUCUGUGCUACCGGGCGAGUAUGAUGGACGAAGAGAAGCGAGAGGACUUUCUCAAGGACACUCCUCUCGAUGCAUCCAACGGCCCGCAAAUUACGGACGUGUGGGAGAAGAAGGAGACCCCAGGCUGGUAGAGUGGUCUACUUUUGAUCUGGUUGUUCCUGUCUACAACAAGGAUUUAGCAGACGGGAUGCAAGUCUUGGAAUUUGCACACUUGAAUUUCACUCACUCACUUAACUCC